AUGAGCUCGUUUGGCAGCUUCUUUCGUAUUUCAACUUUUGGUGAAUCUCAUUGCAAAGCUGUUGGUGUAAUUGUGGAUGGAUGUCCUCCUGGUCUUCCAUUGUCUGAGAAUGAUGUUCAGCCUUUGCUAGACAGGCGACGACCUGGUCAGAGUGUGCUCACUACUCCUCGAGAUGAAAAGGAUCGAGUAGUCAUUUUAUCUGGUACUGAAAAAGGAUUUACACUCGGAACUCCAAUUGCAAUGAUGGUGCCUAAUCAAGAUCAGCGGCCACACGACUAUGGCGAAAUGGACUUGUAUCCGCGUCCAUCCCAUGCUGACUGGACUUACUUGCAAAAGUAUGGGGUCAAAGCAACAUCAGGUGGUGGUCGUGCAAGUGCUCGUGAAACCAUAGGUCGAGUUGCUGCCGCUGCUGUAGCAGAAAAGUAUUUGAAGAGUGCGCAUGGCAUUGAAGUUGUUGCAUUCGUUGCAUCGGUCGGCCCAGUCUCAAUGGUACCAAUCGAGUCAUUUGAGUCUGUAGAUGAUAAAAACCAUUGGAUGCUUAAAUGGCAAUCGUGGUGGGAUCUACUGAAAAAUAUCACUCGAAAAGACGUGGAUAAAAAUGAUGUUAGGUGUCCUUCUCCAGAGUUUUCUGCCAAGAUGCGAGAUAUUAUUUUGCAAUACAAAGAUGCCCAAGAUUCCAUUGGAGGAUCGGUAGUUUGUGUAAUCAGGAAUGUUCCGGCUGGACUGGGAGAGCCGUGCUUUGAUAAGCUCGAGGCUCAGUUAGCUCAUGCUAUGCUUUCUAUUCCAGCUACCAAGGCAUUUGAGAUUGGAAGUGGGUUUUCUGGCACCAAUAUUCCUGGGCAUGUUCAUAAUGAUCCAUUUGUCAAGAAAGGUGAUAGUUUGGGUACUACCACGAAUUUUUCGGGCGGUAUUCAAGGUGGCAUAUCAAAUGGAGAGGACAUUUACUUUCGAGUUGGAUUUAAACCAGCUGCCACAAUUGGUAUUUCCCAGGAAACGACAUCAUACGAGGGUGAUACUGGCAUUUUAGCUGCUAAAGGACGUCAUGAUCCAUGUGUUCUCCCACGCGCAGUUCCAAUUGUUGAAGCUAUGGCGUCGCUUGUUGUUAUGGACAUGCUGUUGGCUCAAGGAUCCCGCAAGUCUGCAGCAUCGGUUCUUUCACUUUCUGAAAUUCCUGCUCUAAUGAGAGGAAUAGCCCCUGCAAUGGAUGUUGAACUUAAUCAAGGCAAAAUUUAA